CCCUCGCUCAGCGGCCCGCCUUCUACGCGUCGCCCCGGCACAGAGCCUUUCGCCAUGGCCUUCGCCACUCGCCCCUUCGUGCGCUUCGCGUCCGCGGCAGCCGCCAAGAAGACGGUGGUGAAACACGUGACGGUGAUCGGGGGCGGCCUCAUGGGCGCUGGCAUCGCCCAGAUUGCUGCAGCAACUGGCCACACUGUGAUAUUAGUGGACCAGUCAGAUGAAAUAUUAAAUAAAUCCAAGAAAGGCAUUGAGGAGAGCCUGAAAAAAUUGACAAAGAAAAAGUUUGCAGACAAACCUGAGGCUGGGGCAGAAUUCAUUGAAAAGACCUUAAAGAACUUGACCACAAGCACAGAUCCAGUCUCCGUCGUGCACAGUACUGACCUUGUAGUGGAGGCCAUUGUGGAAAACAUGGCAGCAAAAAACGAACUCUUCAAGACACUGGAUAAGUUUGCACCAGAGCAUACAAUAUUUGCUAGCAACACUUCAUCCUUGUCAAUCACAGAAAUUGCCAAUGCUACCACCAGGCAGGACCGGUUCGGUGGCCUGCAUUUCUUUAAUCCAGUGCCUCUGAUGAAACUGGUGGAGGUUGUCAAGACACCGAUGACCAGCGAGAAGACUUUCGAGUCACUCAUGGAUUUCAGCAGAGUUCUAGGAAAGAGUCCAGUGUCCUGCAAGGACACUCCCGGGUUUGUUGUCAACCGGCUUCUUGUACCUUACCUGGCGGAAGCAGUUCGGCUUUUUGAGAGGGGGGAUGCAUCAAAGGAAGAUAUUGACAUUGCCAUGAAGCUGGGGGCAGGCUAUCCCAUGGGUCCGUUUGAACUCUUGGACUAUGUUGGCUUGGAUACCACUAAAUAUAUUAUAGAUGGGUGGCAUUCAUUAGAGCCAGACAACCCUCUCUUUGCUCCUAGCCCAAUGUUGGAUCAACUGGUCAAGGAGAAGAAACUGGGAAAGAAGACUGGGGAAGGAUUUUACAAACACAAAUGAACUUCGCAGUGUGCCAUGUUAUUCCUGCCUGCGUAAGGAUAACUCCCAUGCCACUUGCUGUUUCCAUACCUUACUGGGAGUGCUGCUUAAUCAGGGCCUUAAAAACCAGUCAGCACUGUACAUUUUGAUCGUAAUGUCUCUAGGGCAAUUAUUUUCCCUAGCAAAUGACUUGUUCCCAUGAGAACUGCAAUUCUGAGAGCUUUACACACUCACGUGCCUUUUUUCAGGUUCAAGACACUGUCUCAAGGAUGAAAUGGGGUUUGAGUUCCUGGGUUUGUAAAAGCCUGUUAAAACUGUCAGACAUUUUAAUUCAAAUAAAGUAAUCCCAAUAUCA